UGACCUCUUCCGGCACAGGCCGGAGGCGACGCGCAGAUCCCCGGAAGUCCGGCGCGGGGGUGGGCGGGGGACAGUGGCACGAUGGCGGUGGCGGCAGUGUCCGAGGCCUGGCCCGAGCUUGAGCUGGCGGAGCGCGAGCGGCGGCGCGAGCUGCUACUGACGGGGCCCGGGCUGGAGGAGCGGGUGCGAGCGGCGGGUGGGUGCCUGCCGCCGCGGCUCUUCACGCUGCCACUGCUGCACUACCUGGAGGUGAGCGGCUGCGGCAGCCUGCGCGCGCCCGGGCCGGGCCUGGCCCAGGGCCUGCCCCAGCUGCACAGCCUGGUGCUGCGGCGCAACGCGCUGGGGCCCGGCUUGAGCCCCGAGCUGGGGCCGCUGCCGGCGCUGCGCGUGCUCGAUCUGUCCGGCAAUGAGCUGGAGGCGCUGCCGCCGGGCCAGGGCCUGGGGCCCGCCGAGCCGCCCGGCCUCCCGCAGCUGCAGAGCCUCAACCUCAGCGGCAACCGGCUGCGCGAGCUGCCCGCCGACCUGGCGCGCUGCGCCCCGCGUCUGCAGAGCCUCAACCUCACCAGCAACCUCCUGGACGCCUUCCCGGCCGCGCUCUUCCGCCCCGGUGCGCUGCCGCUGCUCAGCGAAUUGGCGGCCGCCGACAACCGCCUGCGGGAGCUCAGCCCCGACAUCGCGCAUCUGGCCUCGCUCAAGACCCUGGACCUCUCCAACAACCAGCUGAGCGAGAUCCCGGCCGAGCUGGCGGACUGCCCCAAGCUCAAGGACAUCAAUUUCCGGGGCAACAAGCUUCGGGACAAGCGCCUGGAGAAGAUGGUCAGCGGCUGCCAGACCCGGUCCAUCCUGGAGUACCUCCGCGGGGGCGGCCGGGGCGGCCGGGGCCGGGGCCGGGCCGAUGGCUCUGAGAAGGAAGACGCUCGGAAGAAGAAGAGGGAGCGGAAGCAGAGGCGGGAGAGCGGUGAGGGAGAGGAGGAGGUGGCAGAUGCGGCCAAGCUGCUGCUCAGGGUCCUGCAUGUCUCUGAAAACGCUGCACCCCUGACGAUCAGAGUGAGCCCGGAGGUCCGGGAUGUGCGGCCGUACAUCGUGGGCACCGUCGUGCGAGGCAUGGAUCUGUGGCCCGGGAACGCACUCAAGCGCUUCCUCACCUCCCAGACCAAGCUCCAUGACGAGCUCUGCGAGAAGAGGACAGCAGCCACCAUCGCCACCCACGACCUCCGCAGCGUGCGAGGGCCCCUGCUGUACACGGCCAGGCCACCCCAGGACCUCAAGAUCGUGCCCUUGGGGCGGAAGGAGGCCAAGGCGCACGAGCUGGUGCGGCAGCUGCAGCUGGAGGCCGAGGAGCAGAGGAAGCAGAAGAAGAGGCAGAGCGUCUCCGGGCUGCACAGGUACCUGCACCUGCUGGACAGCAAGGAAAACUACCCUUGUCUGGUGGACGCGGAUGGAGACGUGAUCUCGUUCCCGCCCAUAACGAACAGUGAGAAGACAAAGAUUAAGAAAAGCACCUGUGACUUGUUCUUGGAGGUCACCAGUGCCACGAGCCUGCAGAUCUGCAAAGACAUCAUGGACACCCUCCUCCUGAGAAUGGCCGAAAUGAACAAACACACUUUAGAAAAUAAAGAGGAGGAGUCACUCUCCGACACAGAGGCUGAUGCUGUUUCAGGACAACUUCCAGAUCCCCAGAGUGCCAGGAAGGACGGGCAGUGCCCUCUGGUGGUGGAGCAGCUUCCUGUGUUUCUGCAAAGAGACGGACAGUUUGCUGGCAAGUCUGCAGACGCCUCCCUACCUGCAGAGCUAGAAAGGCCCGAAGUCCCUCAUGCUGCCGCCUGACAUCUGCGUGGUGCCAGAGCACAGAGAGACAGGGGCCACUGCCCUGCCUCCGUGAGACAGCUGGACCGACCUCCAUGCCUGGUCCCCACCCGGCCUUCCUGCCAGUCCCAAUGGGGACUGGGAGAUGAGGCCCAGGCUCCCGGCGACCUGGCCAGCUGCAGCAGGUGCAGUGACACCUUCCUUCUGCAUGGCUCCUGUCAACCUGCCAGACACCCGUCUGUGUUGGGCCUGCUUGUCGUUUUGCGACUCGCUGUCAGGCCAUCACGGCCGCCAGUGCUGAGGCUGCCGAGGGGUCUGCCCUGCUGGGAGGCCCACGAUGGCCCAUGACGUGUGAGUGGCUGCUUUGGACAGCGAUGGCAGAGGCGCCCUCUGCCCUCUGCCCGGGGGCCCAGCGGCCACUCUCGCAGAUCUGUCACUGCACUGACACCAGCCAGGUCCCCAGCACCUGCCGUGCCCUUGUCUCAUAUAGGCUGAGUAUGUGAGAUUUGGGGAAUGAUGUAACUUAUAGCGGAAACCUCUUUGGUGUUUCGUUUUUCUGUUCUCAUCCAACUCUAAUAAAAAAAAAUAUUUGAUAAGAAACA